UUCCAGUGCCGGUGCCAGUGACGGGUCAGGGGCGAGGUACCGUUGGCUGUUGUUGUCAUGCCAGAGAGAGCGCUGUGUGGCAUGAGGAGGCACACCUGGAAGGAUAAUAGGUUUUUGUUGAGGCCGAGGGUGGGGUGCCAUAUGUCACUGCAAUGGACCAACUUUUUAUUCUCACGGAGUACUUUCACCAUUGUCAGAACGAGUGUAUUUAUGCCGGGAUGGAGUUUAAGACGUGUGGUAAAGUAAACAAUAUCGAGACGACGGGCAUGAGGAGACACGAAUAGGAGGAUAAUAGUCUUUACGGAGGCUGCGGUGCAACCUCGCAUGCUCGCUACACUGGACACUUAAGGGUCGGUAGUUUUGGAGACAAAAGAAGAAAAAAAAAUCAAGCUUGCAAGCUGCUUAGUAUCUACCCAGACCUGGUUUGUAUCGGGCGUGGCCAGGAAGACAGGAGGUGGUGAGCGUCGUGUGUGUGUUCCUGCAGCCUCGCCGCAGCGUUGGGAAGCACCGAGCAGCAGGGCAGCACCCACAGCACUCUGCGCCUCGUGUCAGCAGUGAACAAGGUUGAGGCUCGCCCGCCACAAGCAUGUGGGUGACGGUGGCGCUGGUGGUGGCGGUGGUGGUGGUCCUGUUCUUCAGGGCCAACGCCAGGCCCCCGGGGCUGCCUCCAGCAGGACCCUUCGCGCUGCCCCUCGUCGGCAACGCCCUGACCAUACUGUUCCUGACUCCCAUAGGCGCCUUCAAGAAGUUUGCGAAGGACCACGGCGGGAUUCUGACCUACAAGGUCUUUGGUGAAUGGGCGGUGUUGGUGAGCGACCCGGCGAUGAUGCGUGCCGGCCUGGCGAACCCUGGCCUGGUGGGACGCAACGACAACAGGCUCUUCGGGACACGGGACGACCUCAUCAAGGGCGGGAAGAGCCCGCCCCUGGGAAUCAUCAGCACGAAUGGUGACGCGUGGAAGAAUCAGCGGCGGUUCACACUUCGCACCCUGAGGGACCUCGGCUUCGGACGCAACAGUCUGGAGCCCAUCAUGCAGGAGGAGCUUGACGAGUUACUGCAGCUGCUGAGGCGGCGGCAGGGCGAGAAGGUGAACAUGGAGAUGAUCUUCAACGUGAGCAUCGUGAACGUGAUCUGGGCCAUCACCAUCGGCAAACGUUACUCCUACGACGACCCGAGGCUGGAGGAGUUGGUGCGGAAGACGAGCAAGAUGGGGGCGGCCUUCAACCCCUUCCACCCUGCCCUCAGGUUCGCGUGGGUGAAGAAGCUUUUCCCGAACCUUUCAAACCUCAAGGCCAUCGAAGAAGGCAUGGGGGGUGUUCUGACCUUUAUCGAGGGUGAGAUGGAGGAGUACCGGUGUCAGAUGGCGGGCAAGGUGGACACGGGCAGCUACAUCGGGGCUUACCUGCAUGAGCUGGACACGCUCAAGCCCGAGGAAGGCGACGACUCGGCGCUGUCCUUGCACCAACUCACGGCCAACAUCACAGAGCUGUUCCUGGCGGGCAGCGACACCACGUCCAUGACACUGCGGUGGGCCGUGUACCUGCUGGCCUCCAACCCCGGGGCGCAGCGGGCCAUGCAGGACGAGAUGGACCGCGUGGUGGGCCGGGACAACAUGCCCACCCUGGCCCACAUGGACAAGCUGCCCUACACCAUGGCCACUAUUUACGAGGUCCAGCGUGUUGGUGACGUCUUUCCCUUCGGCGUUGGGCGCAAGACUACCGAGGACAUCACCUUGGCAGGCUACCGCAUUCCCAGAGGCACGUCGGUGACGUUCCUCCUGAGCCGCGGCCUCUCGGAUCCCAAGUACUGGCAGGAGCCCGACAAGUUCCGCCCCGAGCACUUCCUGACCGACGACGGCAAGAUAUUCAAGCCCGACCACUUCAUGCCCUUCGGCUCGGGCAAGCGUGUGUGCCUUGGGGAGUCCCUGGCGCGGCUGGAGGUGUUCCUGUUCCUCGCCUCCAUCAUGCACCGCUUCUCCUGGCGCCUCUCCGAAGACCCCGUGGUGUGGGAGCGAAGCACCGUCCUCAGCAGGCCGCCGAACUUCUCCGUCUACGCCGUCAGCAGGGAGGAGCAGACGGCGGAGGAGAAACAACAGCAGGAAGGGCAAGGGGAGGAAGAGAAAGAGGAGGAGGAAAAAGAGGAGUGAGGCGACGGUAGAAGUAACAGCAGGGAGAAGGAGGAGGAGGAGGAAGAGGAGGAGGAGGAGGAGGAGGUGCAUUUUCAAACUUGCUUCCGCUAAAUAUAUAAUAGAUAGAAAGGAAGAAAGAAAGAAAGAAAAAGAGAGAAAGAAAACUUGUAACACUCAUAACUUUUGUGAACUCUGUGACAUCUCUCUCUCUCUCUCUCUCUCUCUCUCUCUCUCUCUCUCUCUCUCUCUCUCUCUCUCUCUCUCUCUCUCUCUCAUUAUUAUUUUUGUAAAUGAUUUUUUUUUUCUCACUAAUAAAUUUGUUUCGCUUCGUCUCAAGUCAAAUAAAAAAUACAAGUUAAAUAAAAAA